AAAUGUUUAGGAGUGUUGAGAGAUCUGGGAGCUUCGGGGGAUUUUCCAAGAGGAAAAUAAUACAAAUGUAUCAGUGAGAAACCCCAAAAUAUAUCAUAGAUUGGUCCGCUGUGGUGGUCUACAGUUUCUCUUGGUGUGAAGUUCGAAUCUUCGGCUAACCCUAAGAAAAACUUUGCUGUUUUGUCCGGAGUAAUGUCGAAUUCUGGGACUCGACGGAACGGGUCUAGCAUCAAAAUCAGACUGACAGUGUUAUGUGCCAAGAACCUGGCGAAGAAGGACUUCUUCCGCUCAUGUGUUUCUGUCGCAGGGUUGCCCGACCCUUUCGCUAAAGUAGUAGUAGAUGGAUCGGGUCAGUGCCACUCCACCGACACGGUCAAGAGCACCUUGGACCCCAAGUGGAACCAGCAUUAUGACCUAUAUAUUGGGAAAACAGACUCCAUAACCAUCAGCAUAUGGAACCACAAGAAGAUCCACAAAAAGCAGGGAGCGGGUUUCCUCGGCUGCAUCCGACUCCUGUCCAACGCCAUCAGCAGGCUGAAGGACACCGGCUACCAGCGGUUGGAUCUAUGCAAGCUGAACCCCACCGACAGCGAUGCAGUACGGGGCCAGAUAGUCGUGAGCUUGCAGACGCGGGAUCGGAUAGGGAGCGGGGGUCCGGUGGUGGACUGCAGGGGGCUCUUGGAGAGUGAAGGACCCGUGUAUGAAGACUCGGGCCCCGGCCGGCCGCUCAGCUGCUUCAUGGAGGAGCCCCUGCCUUACACGGACAGCACGGGAGCGGCGGGCGGGGGGAGCUGCCGCUACCUGGAGUCGCCCAAUCAGGAGCAGAGGCUCCAAGCACAGCGAAUCAGAAGCCAGGAGAACAGAGGUCACACCCCUCAGAACCGGCCCCACGGGCACCAGUCGCCAGAGCUCCCAGAGGGCUACGAACAAAGGACCACGGUCCAGGGCCAGGUCUACUUCCUGCACACACAGACGGGCGUCAGCACGUGGCACGACCCCAGAAUACCACGGGGGCUGAACAGCGUGAGCUGUGAGGACCUGGGCCCUCUCCCUCCGGGCUGGGAGAUCAGGAGCACGGUCUCAGGAAGGAUUUACUUUGUGGACCACAACAACAGGACCACACAAUUCACCGACCCCAGGCUGCACCACAUAAUGAGUCAGCACUCUCAGGUGAAGGAGUCGGGCCCGGGCCUCCCGGUGCAGACGGAGAUGGCGGUGGAGGAGGGCGGCGGGGGCGAGGGGGAGGUGCCGGUGCGGUACGAGAGGGACCUGGUGCAGAAGCUGAAGCUGCUCCGGCACGAGCUGUCCCUGCAGCAGCCCCAGGCCGGACACUGCCGCAUCGAGGUGUCCCGCGACGAGAUCUUCGAGGAGUCGUACAGACAGAUCAUGAAGAUGAGGCCAAAAGACCUGAAGAAGCGUCUCAUGGUGAAGUUUCGUGGAGAGGAGGGGCUAGACUACGGCGGUGUGGCAAGGGAGUGGUUAUAUCUCCUGUGCCACGAGAUGUUGAAUCCAUAUUACGGCCUUUUCCAGUAUUCCACAGAUAACAUCUACACGCUGCAAAUCAAUCCCGACUCCUCCAUAAAUCCUGACCAUUUGUCGUAUUUCCACUUUGUUGGGCGGAUCAUGGGCCUGGCUGUGUUCCAUGGGCACUACAUAAACGGCGGCUUCACCCUGCCCUUCUACAAGCAGCUCCUGGGAAAGCCCAUCCAGCUGUCUGACCUGGAGACUGUGGACCCAGAGCUGCACAAGAGCCUGGUGUGGAUCCUAGAAAACGACAUCACCCCGGUUCUGGACCACACGUUUUGCGUCGAACACAACGCCUUCGGCAAAUUCCUCCAACACGAGCUGAAACCCAACGGCCGGAACAUUCCAGUGACGGAAGACAACAAAAAAGAAUACGUGCGGCUCUAUGUGAACUGGAGGUUUAUGAGGGGAAUCGAGGCCCAGUUCCUGGCCCUGCAGAAAGGCUUCAACGAAUUAAUCCCACAGCACCUGCUGAAGCCGUUCGACCACAAGGAGCUGGAGCUGAUCAUCGGCGGCCUGGGGAAGAUCGACCUGAGCGACUGGAAGGCCAACACGCGGCUGAAGCACUGCGUGGCCGACAGCAACAUUGUCAAGUGGUUCUGGCAGGCGGUGGAGUCGUUCGACGAGGAGCGCAGGGGCCGGCUGCUGCAGUUCGUCACGGGCUCCACCCGCGUCCCCCUCCAGGGGUUCAAGGCCCUGCAAGGUUCUACAGGCUCCGCUGGACCCAGGCUGUUCACUAUCCACUUAAUAGAUGCCAACACGGAUAACCUGCCCAAAGCCCACACCUGCUUCAACCGGAUCGAUAUCCCGCCAUACGAGACGUAUGACAAGCUAUACGAAAAGCUCCUGACUGCGGUGGAAGAGACCUGUGGCUUUGCGGUGGAGUGAGGACCCCCGCCCACUUUGCCCCGCCCGCCCGGGGAAGUCGCUCGGCAACGGGCAGGAAACCACUCCCAGGGUGGAUACGGCGGGAAGCCUGCGGAACAUGCCGGAAACGGACAGAGAGAGCCAGACCCCGGCCAACGCCACCCCAGGACAGCAGCGAGGUGGGGUUUGGGAUUUAGAGGGGGGGGGGUCACCCAAAUGCAGAGGGGUCAGGGGUCAGAACCUUAAACACUUUCUAAGAACUAAAGGAGUAUUUAUUCUUUCGUGUGGAUUUGAAGGCUGCAUUAACGCCACAGGUUUCACUAACGAACAAAAAAAGUCAACGAAAACGAGGCCCCUUCUGAGAUUCUCUAAAAACCGCGCGUCUCGGACUCGACCCCCGUGCGCCAGAGCGGAAAACGUUGCCGGUUCGAGCCGCUCGGCUGCAGUCGGAGCCGCGCUCAACCGGUCGUCUGCGAGGAGCCGACAGCACGUCCCCAGAUGCACCUGCUCAUCAACACGCAGCGCAUCUGACAACCAAGCCAGUCUGCCGAAAGCUAACCUCCCUGAAGGAAUUGGCGCAAAGACUAAAUAACUUCGAUGCCAUUAUUUCGGGGUUGUAGGAUGUCUGCGUAUGCUUUCUAAUUAUCCUUUUUUGUCCUUUCAUCAUGUUUUGAUGUAACUGGAUGGCUGUGUACAUUUGAGUGCUAUCGAUUUCCUGUCUAUUUCUGGUGUUCAAAUCAGAUCAUUUCACCAAGUUGCUUGCAGCGAUAACAUUUUUACCCAAGGAUAGAAUUCUUGUAUUUUUUCUUGUCAUUUCUCUCGACUAAUAUCAUAGAGCAAGAGCCAGUCUUGGACCUCUCUAAAGACUGAGACAACAGCUGCCUAGCGAUCCAGCCACAGAGGAUAUACCGUACAUGAUGGUCUGCCAAUUUUUAUUUAUUUUUGUUCGGGAAGGUUUUGUGGAUGCAAAGGUAGAGAGGCCUGAAUUUCUAUAUUUGUGGCACUGUGUCUCCUCGUAGUUGGAAAUGUUUUAGUGUGAUGUGCACGUUGGAAUUUGAAUAGUCUCGCCCUUCCCCUGAAAGGUUUUAUAUCAUUUCCCAUUUUUAGAAGUUUUUUUUUGGUGUUUCAAAACAAGGUUGAGGAAACUGCUUCUGAGAUUGCAUUCCUGCAUGGAAAACAUCAAGAACAGAUUCCACAAGUGUUUUAUUGCUUAGAAAAUUGCGCUAAUUUUGAAGGUGACCUAAAUCUAUUUAUAUAGACUGAAUUACAAAUCAUUCAGUUGUUAUGGUUUUUGCCAAAGGCAUUUGAUACCGAACCAUUGGAGCAGUAUUCAAUAUUUCUGAUAGUUGAUCUAAAAAAGAGGGAUAUUUGUCUCUUAAAAAUCUAGCUAAUAACAAUAUAUUUUAUGAUAAAGUGUAUUAUUAAAAGUUGUGAAGCUUUUUGGCUCCAAUUGAUCUGAAAAUUUGUAUUUAAGCAUUCUGGUCUAGCUCCAAGUGCUUACUUGCUUUCCAGACUAUUAAGAACAAAUGAAAGAUUCAGUGUUCAUAAUUUCUAAAGCAUUAAGAUUUUCAAUUACGUUGUCUACUUCCAGAGAAAAAUCUAUUUAAUGUCCAUGUUCUUGUUCCUGUUAGUUAUAACCCAAAUUACAUAACUAAAAACAUACCACAACAAAUGUUUUAUUUAUUAAGUGUGUUCACUUAAUUUACCAGUAGUGCAGGGGGAGCAUCACUGUUUUAUUAAUUAUUUUUUAAUCUGGAUAGCCUCUGCUUACUGCAACAUUCCUUUUCCUCAUCAAAUUCUUCUGCACAUUUCAGGAAAGGUAUUCGGGACUCAAACCUGUUUUUUCAUCAAAUCCUAAAGUUACGGUGACGGAUAACAUAAGUUUUUCUAACCAGUAUUUUGGUAAGGUGAAACAAUUAAUGAAAUGAUUGAGAGGUAUUUUUGUUUUUUUGUUGUCAACAGUGUCUCAUUUAAAUUUUAAAACUUUUUUUUUUUCUUUUUUUUUUUCUGGAUUAGUGCUAAUUUAUCUCUCAGUAAGUAUUAUUCCAUAUUGUGCUCCUUUAUUGUUGUAAAUACAAGCAGGAUUUUUAAAUCUCUUUUUUGGGGGGCUGAAAUUUGUGUGGAAUGGCUGAAGGAAGCGAGACCUCUAACGUAACAAGCCGGUUUAGUUGCGAAUGCCUUCAGAUUCGGUAUUAAAUACAGCGUGGGCGGUACAGUGAUGUUUUCAUUAAGACCGCUGAAUGGAAAAUUUCUACUUGGACUGUUGCAUUGACUGACUUUUACCCUUUAUCUUUUUUUCAAUGAAAUCCCCCCCAAGACACGUUCUCAGACAGCACAGCGUAGGUAUGUGUUCAAUGGCAUUUGAUUGGCAUUUCUCAAAGAACGCGCAACAGUCCAGUAUAGAAUGGAAAUCAAUAAGCUGACUAAUAUAAACAUAAGCACAUAAUAUUCUUCUCUCUGAGACGAGUGCUGAACUUGUCCAACAUAACUUUCAGGCAGACAGUGCUUGAAGCUGAUUUUGACUUUACUUUAAUAUAGGAAAGGAGGUGUAAGAUUUCGGUGUUCAGUGCUUGAAGUGCAUGGCACUUGGUUUCUUUUCUUUUUUUAACAUUGCAAGAGAAAUGAGCCGACGUUUUAAGUGUUCCGCAACCACUUGAUUUUAUUUUUUACUAAUUAUUUAUUACUAUGUAAUGUCCUGUAAGUAUUGCUGCUAUCAACAUUUUUCCCUAAUCUUCAAAAAUCUGAUUUGUGAAAACUGUACACUAAUCUCUAUGUAUAAAUCAAGGUAUUUAAAAAAACUGCUGCUAUUGUUCAGUAAAGGCGUAGAGGACUUUGAAGACGGAUGGGGUUAGCAGUGAGGUUCGACCCUGGGGGUCACGUUUAUGUUUGUGACAUAUGCAAUAAAUAACUGACCACUUUAUAUACUUGUUUCUGUGUUAACGCAUCAUUCGUUUAAUUUUUUUGCAUUUAUUUUUGCAUUCAUUCGAUUUUUAUUUUUGAGUGGAGGAAAUCGGUCGCCAUCCUUUUCGGUAUAGCGUGAAAACUGUGAAGACUGGGGAACUUUUUUCAAAUAUUUUUUCAAUUCAUUAUUUUUAUGUUUUAUUCUAUUUUGUUUUUUUUGUAUUUUUUUUGUUUUUUGAUUUUUUUGUUGUUUUUCUUAUGUCCAGGAGCCAAACCAGUCCACACGGCUGAGAUGCAAAGGUUAACUAAAUGUACUUUUGUGUUGAAUUGCAUGGAUUUGGAUGGAGUGUUGGUCAGAAAUGAGAACACGGACAAUGCCUGUAGCCGUCGCUGUUGUAGUCGGAAGACGUUUUCCGGGGGCACAUUUUGAGUCGCUCGAUGACCGGAUUUAUUCCAAGUCUACACCUUACAGGUUGUGUAUCUUUUCUUCGUUGGAUGCAAGAAUUUAUGUAACAUCCUAUUUCCUUAACAUUUAUGAAAGAGGUACAAUGUAAAUAAGAUUAUAUAAAAAAAAUUAAUUGCAAAUGACAUGACAUUUUGUUUUUAUUUCAUUUCUUACAUGAUAAUCACAUGCUUAUGGAAUCUGAAAAUGUUACAGAAUCUUAAGGUGCUUAUUUGUCAGAAAUGCUACGGUUAUAAAGCUUUUGAAUCAUA